UUUUAAAUCUCAACUAAAUAUCAUACAGUUUGUACAGCGUCGACCGUUGGUGGGUAUAAAAAGUAUUUUCACUGGCUGUAGCUAGUCAUUGCUCACUCAGCACUCAAGCCCCGAAAUCAGCCGCAAAGAUGAAGCUCAAAGCUGUCAGAAUUCUCUUGCUCUUUGCCCUUUUGAGUGUUUCCUAUAUCCAGGCCGUUGUGGUCGGCCCCCAGCAAUUGCACAAUAACAACAAGAAUGGCUAUCGCUAUAACGGCCCCGCCCACAAAUAUCUGCCAUCUGAGGAGUCGCCCUCGCACGGCAGCAACUUGGAUUCGGCCUCGGAUUUGGGCCACGGCCACCGUCAGCAGGCCUUCAACGGUCCCUAUAGCUCACAGUAUUACCAAGGACAGCAGCAACAAGGCCAGGAACAUCAGCAACAUGGCCAGGGACAACAGCAACAUGGCCAGGGACAACAGCAACAUCGCCCUCAGCAGGAGGAGGAUGACUCCUGGCAAUCGGUUUUCUCCCAGCAGCAGCAGCAGCAUCAAAGCUUGGGAAACAACCAGCAACAUCAUCAAAUAUCUGGACACCAGGCAUAUAAUGAGGGAGCUGCCUAUCAGCAACAUCAAGGAUUGGGCAACGGGCCACAUCGUCAACAGGCUUCCAACCAGCAGAAUCAGGGCCAUCAACUCAACCAACACUCGUACGAACCAUCUAAUUCCCAGCAGCAGCAACAUCAUCAAGGUCUGGGUCACCAGCAACAUCAGCAGCAGCGACAGGAGUCCUGGAACUCAAUUCAAGGGCAGCAGGAAGCCGAGUCCUGGCUAUCUUCACAGGGUCAUGGCUUCCAGCAGCAGCAACACCAACAACUCAAUCAACAGCAACACCAGCAGCAGCAGCAGCAGCACAAUCGCUUUGGGCAACAACAGCUGCCUCUGCGCGGUGACCUUUGGCAACCCAUCCGUGAACUGGACCUCGAGAAACUCCCUUCGGCUGAGGCCAUUGCCAAUAGCCACAAGACGAUCGCUGCUCCCGGACGAGAUGUGAAGCUAGUGCCAAGUUAUACGCUUUCCAGCGAUUUCGAGCACGAUCGGUUUAUUGGAUUGGAUGCUCAGGACACUCGACUGCUGACCCAAUCUCUGCCAGAUGCCUACCGGAAGCAGCUUUUUUCCUCGCCCUCGGGACCUUCCUCUUUGGGCCAGCGACAGCAUGAGCAGCAGCUGAAUGGAUCCCCAGCUUACGGUGUUUCCCAUGGGGGUUCCCUUGGUGGUUCCUACGGAGGUUCCCUUGGUGGUUCCCUUGGUGGUUCCCACGGAGCUUCCCUUGGUGGAUCCUCCUCCGACUUUCUGCAGAUGCAGUCCCACUCGUAUCAGCUGCCUUCUACCCACAGCACACACAGGGAAUGGCCUCAAGAGAAGGAGCAGCAGCAGCAGCAGCAUGGAUCUCAGCAACUAAUCUCCGGCAAUCGUCAGUACUCGGCGAGUGCCUAUGCCGUCGCCCCAUCUGAUCUGCACUCCUCUCAGCCCUCUCAACCGUCCAAAAAUAGCCUGACCCAUCCCAGCCGGGACUUCCAGCCACCCUACUACUAAAUCCAUUUCCAUUUCAUGAUGGAUCCUCCACCGUAAGGUUCUGAACCCUAUUCUCAAAUACCCUAUUCAACACUCGCCUUUCUCAGGAAAAGCAAUUGGUCUGAAAAUCAAAUCAUUUUAGUAAGAAUUGUACAGAUAAAUACAUUUUCAAAAUUUUUUUUUGUUUAAUAAAGCAUGCAUUGAUUAACAUA